GUUUAUUGGGAGAUAUUGAGAGAUGACGGUGAAACUGAGGUUUAUACUGUAGCAAACCAAGAUGAGUACCAUUAUGGAAGAUAUGAAACUCUUGAAGACAGGGGGCUGAGUUUUGCUGGGUACUGUGACUUGGGCUGUAGUCCAUCGCUGACAAUCACUCCGACAGACAUGAGAUAUGAUGGAGCUCAAAUCACUGGGGUGGUCAAUCUUCCAGGGUGUUAUACUGCUACAAACACGACCAAUACAACUGUUCUCUCGAUUCAAGGUCUGCUGGAGGCUCCCACAGAUGUAUACUAUGCAGCCAGUAAAGACAUUGUCGUAGUGUCAUGGAGUCCUCCAUUCACCCUGGAAGGAGUCCCCAUACUCCACUACAGUGUCUAUAUCACCAGUCAGGGAGUCUCAGAACAGAGAAACACCACUGAAACACAUAUCUCUCUGGAGAGACCAUGUGCCAGCACCACCUACCAGAUCAGUGCAUGGAAUGAAGUGGGAGAGGGAAAUGCUACCAGUACAGGUUAGACAAUUUAACACAUGCUUGACAAUGCAAUGGGUGUUUAAGAUGUGUAAUGAUAUGGGGAAUACCUAUUGAAAAACAGAAUUCAUGACUGUGAUUGAGGC